AUGAACCCCCAGAUUAGUUUUCUUGGAAGAAUCAUUAUCAAUAGGGUGAAAGUUCCAAGCUUUUUAACUGAUUAUGCUCAUCAACGGCAACAAAUUCGAACAUUAAUAACGAAAGUCCGAUUGAAAUGGGUGAAGAACAGAUCGCUGGACCACAUAAUCGACGUCCAAACGGACCUCAAAGCCGCCUGCCUCCUCAAGGACGCAAUUGUCCGCUCCAAGACGGGGUUUUUGACCUCGAAAUCACUGGAGGGCACCCACAAAACCCUAGGGCUCACUGUCCAAACGCUGCGUUUCAUAAGGAGAUAUCCAACUCUGUUCCGUGAGUUCCCUCAUCCUAAAUGGCCUUCCUUGGUUUGUUUUGAGCUCACGGAUUUGGCUAAAUUGCUGCACGACCAGGAAAUGAAGGUGUUUGAUCAGUGCCAAAGUGAUGUUGUUGAGAAGCUUUGCCGAUUGCUCAUGAUGUCCAAAACCCAAAUGAUGCCUUUGAAAUCUUUACUCCCUCUAAAAUGGGAUUUGGGUUUGCCUGAUCAUUUCGACAAGAAAUUGGUUGAAAAGUUCCCAGAUCAUUUCCAGAUAGUUAAGGGAACAAAUGGAUUGGCUUGCUUGAAGCUUGCUAAAUGGCGAGAUGAAUUUGCUGUAUCUGAGUUGCAAAAGAUGAAUCAAAAGGUGACAGGAUCAGACAGUGGCGAUGGCGAUACUUAUAGAGAAUUCAAGAGGGGAAAAGCUGCGCUGGAGUUCCCAAUGAGUUUUCCCCGAGGUUAUGGGGGGCAAAAGAAGGUCAAAGCAUGGAUGGAUGAAUUUCAAAAGCUCCCAUACAUUUCUCCCUACGAGGAUUGCAGGAGGAUUGACCCAGAUAGCGAACUUAUGGAGAAAAGGGUUGUUGGCGUAUUGCAUGAGUUUUUGAGCUUGACGAUCUACAAGAAGACAAAGAGGAAUUACUUGAGAUCACUGAGAGAAGAGUUGGUUCUUCCCCAAAGGUUUACCCGUUUAUUUACUCGCUAUCCGGGUAUCUUUUACUUAUCGCUAAAAUGUAAGACAACUACUGUUGCAUUGAGGGAAGGGUAUCGCAGGGGAAAGCUAGCUGUGCCGCACCCUCUAGCGCGGCAUAGGGACAAGUUCCACCACGUGAUGAGAACUGGUUUGGUUUAUCGAGGCAAAGGCAUUGAAAUUUUACCUCAGUUAGACGCUUGGGUUGAUGAUCCAGCAGUGCGUAAGUAUGGAGGCGAAGAUCAAAGGGAAGAAGAAGAAGAAGAAGAAGAAGAGAUUGAAAUGACUGACGACGAAGGGGAAGGUGAAACUGAUGAUGAAUAA